UGUUGACCGCGUGAACGACUUACAUCGCGUUAUUUACUUACAUCUCUCAUCUCUCAUCUCGUAUAGAAUAAAAAAAUAUAAUAGCCAUGAACGUGAACUCUGCCGGUUUGACCGUGCCGUUUGCGAUUAUGUGCAUUGUCGAUUUGUUCGGUGUGUUCCCCAUCGUGGUGUUGCCCGGCCCCAUAAUAAAAUGCGGAUGGUCAGGAAUACCGUUGGCCGUUUGCGUUUUUGUGGUUCAAGUGUACACGGCCGUGUUGUUGGGCAAGUGCUGGAUCAUCGCCGAGCAAAUCGACCCCGACAUCGUGAACAAAAACCGGUAUCCGUACGCGGCCCUCGCCGAGCUCGUGUUCGGCCACCACGUCAAACGUCUGGUGUCGGUCAUGUUGGACGUGACCGUGUUCGGUGCUUCCAUACCGAACUUGAUAAUCGCCGCGUACAACCUCCACGUGCUGGGAACGAAGGCGUCCGACGGCAAUACCGACAUAUCCUUGUGCAUAUGGCUGGUCAUCAUCGGACUGGUGCUGUGCCCGCCGCUCUGGCUCGGCAGCCCGAAAGACAUGAAGUGGCUUGCUUCGAUUUCAGUAUUCACUGUCAGUUCAGUGUGUGUGCUAACCUGGAUAGCAAUGUUGAACACGGAGAGUGAAAUGUACGUUCCGGUACCCGACCCGACGUGGGACGCUGUGGCUUUGGCUUAUGGAAUAUUAGCUUUCCAGUUUGACGUACACCCUUUGGUGCUCACCGUGCAAAUGGACAUGGUCAAUAAGCAAAAGCUACCGACCGUAGUCGUCAGUGCAUUUUUCAUCACGUGCACGCUGUUCGUGGUCACCACGGUUAUUGGAUAUAUGCAAUUCGGAGGAAAAUUGAGUUCGAAUUUGCUCGAUGAACUCCCCGAGAGUCGAGUGCUGAACGCGGACAUAAUGUUGGUUACUCUACAGAUAUGCAUGUCCACGGUGGUCAGCACCACUGCUUUGUUUCAGAAUAUCGAACACUAUUUCAACCUAUCCAGAGAGUUCAGUUGGAAGAGAUGCGCGCUCAGGUCGUCCGUCAUGAUGGCGGCCGUGUUGAUAGGAGAGGCCGUGCCCAGGUUCGACCUGGUAAUGGGCUUGGUCGGCACUCUGCUGACGGGUCCGCUGAUGUUCAUACUGCCGCCAAUACUGUACGCCAGGAUACGGUCGCUUAGCCGGUCGAAGGCCACGUCAUCUCCCCGCGCCGGAGUGUGCUGUUACCGUACGUUUCCCGGCCACGCCAAGUCGUCGUCGACCGCCACCGAAGUCCGGCACUUGAUCUUGCCGACACUGUUGGUGCUGGCCGGCGUGCUCGCCACGGUUUUGGCAACGCUAUCGGCCGUCCGCGAAGCAAUCGUUUAUGCUAGCUUCACGCCCUCGUGUCUGAUGCAAAUGUUGGGAAGUGAUGAAAAAAAAUUAAAAUAACCGCGCGACGACGUAACACCGCCGCUCUCUCGACAUUGAUCUCGAUCGUAAAGUGAUCUCUCCAUAUUGAUUACAAUUAUAAUUUUUACAACCUACGGUCGUCGAGCACCUACCGCGUUUCACAGCUAGGAGUAUAUUAUGACGCGAUGACCCUAAAGGCGGUCAAACCCAGUUGUUGUACUACUUAGUUGAAAAAAAAAAACAUACGUUAAGAACAUAAUUAUUUGUCUUUUCCUAGAGCUGCCCUUCUGUUUGUUAACUCAAGUUGCGCACCAGAAGAACGCCAAUGUACCAGACUGCCAAAAUGGGUCAUGUCCAUGUUUUUUUUUUUGUAAUUUUAGUUUAUGUAAAGAGAAUAUUGAUAUACUGCAAAAAAAAAUUCAAAUCUAAGAUAAACACCUAAAAGCGACGCACGGUCGUUACUAUGUACUUGGGAAAGUCUUGUUUAUUAUUUUUUUAAACUUAAGUUAUAGCGGUAAUGUUUAAUGUAAUUUAAUCGACAAAAUCAAAUAAAUGUACAAUAAUGAAUGAAAUAUGACAGUUUUUAGUAGAAUAUUAAAUGUUUACUAACGAU